AUGCCUGUUGGUGAAACAGAAUGUGCAAAGAUCACCACUGUGCUUCUGAAGUCCCGCACCGGGGAGUUUGAUUUGGAGUCCAUUAUGUUUCAGAAACUAAGGAAUUUAGGAAUUUAUGACCUUGGAUGUAUAGGAGAGUGUAUAAACCUGGAGAGGCUGGACCUAUCUGGAAAUAACAUCACAAAUCUGGGGCCUCUUUCAUCUCUACGAAGACUUCUUGUUCUUAACUUGUCAGCCAAUAGAAUCUCUAAUUUAGAACCCCUUUCCAGCUGUGAAAGUUUACAGAGUUUGAAUGUUGCUGGUAAUGUGAUACCAAGUGUUGAUAAUCUUCAUGCACUCAAGUCUUUAAAGAAGCUGGAGAGCAUCAGAUUGAAGGACAACACCUAUAAUUACACCAAUCCAGUCUGCAAGAAUUCAUUAUACCGGACUCUUAUUCUUGAAAUUUUCCCAAACAUGAAAGUGUUGGAUGGUGAAAGGGUGGUGGGACGUGGAAGUGACUUAUACCAACUAUGCAAAGAUAUUGAUGAUGCCAUUAAAGCAGGCAUGUAUAAAAAUGGCCAACUGUCUGAGUUGCCAGACAACAAAUCUUGGGUGGAUGAUGGUUUUUGGGAGAUAAAGAUAUCAAACAAUGCCAUAGUUGAUGAAGCCUAUAAACAAUUCAGUGAUGUUCUUCAUGAAUGCAGGCUGCUGAACAGUCGAGCAGCCCACGUGAUCUCACUAAAUGAACGAACCGUCAGCCUCAAGAGCCAACCAAAGCAGUAUGCUGUUUAA